CAGGAUCAAUUUGGAGAUCAAUUUAUCGAGGAAUCUUCACCUGCUUCUACAGUAGAGCAACCUUCCAAUAGGACGACGAAGUACAUCCGGUUCUCGGAGUCGGACAUAAUGCAUAUAGGUGAGAACGUGGAAAAACCUGUUGAAAAAGAAAAGCCAAAUCAAGUGACUUUUGACCCUAACAUUCAUGAUCAGAAAAAGCCUAUUCUGACACACAUCUCUCCCAGGAUGGUGAGAUUUGAAGAAUCUGACCGAAUGAUGUUUGAUGAAAAUUCUUCAAAAGAGAAGAAAUCGGAAAAUCACACUUCUAAAAAGCGCAACCACGAUGAUAAGUAUGAAGCCUAUAGUGUGUUUAAUUUCCAUGCUCCAACACCAGAUAGCUUCACUGAACCCCGGAUAGUGAAACUAGAAACUGAAUUGCCUUCGAUCGAAGAAGAAUCUUCAAGGAACUCAAGUAGAUUUUUCAGAUUUGAAGAACCUGUCAAAAACGACCGGUCAAAACUUGAGCGGAACUCUCCGAUUGUUCAAAACUUUUUCCAAAAUGUUCGUAGCGAUCCUCCAAAAAACACAUUCCGUUUUCCUUCGGAAAACCAUCCAUCGAGGGCAGAUUCCGAAGGAUCAUUCUCCUUCCAAAACACCAGGACACAGAGCUCUCAAUCUAACCCGUUGAAAUUUAACGAAAACUAUGCCUCGACAACGCCAAAAUAUUCGCACGACGCUUCACCGCCAAUUGUGCAAUCGAAUGAUGAUCAGUUCUACACCGUGAAAGCCUCAAUUCAAAUCGACACCCGCGAUACGCCUACAAUUACGCCACCAAAUUUGGCGGCUCCGAUUGCCACUCGACGGCCUAAAAAGAAAAAAGCAAAAAUCUAUAAUCAGCCAGGAGUAGAUAUACGAAAACAAGACGGUUUUCUCUUCCCACGACCCGCCGAUUACGAGAGCAAUCAUAUCAACAGUGCCCAGCAACAGCAGGACCAGUACCCAGCUAAUUAUGCAGUUAACAAUCCUUACUACCAAGCGCCAACCGCUCCAGAUUUAUCCAAUCCAACGAACUACCAAGGAGGACCUCAAAAUCCUUACACAAACCCUUACUACCCAAAUCCCACCGGACAAUCAGAUCUAGACAACUACUACUAUCAAAACUAUCUAGGAAACUACCCAUAUUCUCAACAGAACCCUUACUAUCAAUCUACCCGCCCCAACAACCCUCAAUACCCUACUAAUCCCUACUUCCAACAGCCCAACAUCCAGUCAAACCUUAUUCCCGGUAGUUCUCAACAAUCGGACAGCCCUAACCCUCUCAGUGCCCAAAGCAUCCUCGGCUUCCUGCAAAACAUAUUCAACUUUGCACCGGGUACCUUCGGAAGUUUUCCUGCAGCCAACCCUGGGACCGGAAACCCCGGAAGACCCCAGCAUUACCAACAACAACCUCAAUAUUCUCCGAGCUCAGUGACGCAGGGAAGCGGAAAUCCUGCCGGCGGUGUGGGAGGUGGUUUUACAGCUGUUAGUUCGCAGCUGCGCCGGGCUCUGGAUAAUAUUGCCGAGAACGAUGAUCUGCAGUGUGUGCCGAAACUGAUCUGUAUGAUGUCCCGGCGCUCGACUGGCCAAGGGUUCAGUGCCUACGUAAAUCGGGGCCUGUUGAGCACGGUCCUGACAGCGGUUCCGGACGGAUCGCCUUGGCUUAAAUUUUCCCGAGCUGCCCUGCUCGGCUAUGGAAUAGGGGCCAACAGCUGCGACGUGUACUAUCCCAAGUGUCCGAAGGAUGAAUCGGAAAUCAUCUACUACUUGAACAAUCACCGGGGAGGUUUCUUCCGCUUCUUCAACAACGGCCAACAACAGCAGCAGCCAAAUGGCCUGACCAGUGGAUGACGACAGGAGAAAGAUCGUGCCAAACAGCGUGGUGUUCAUUUUAAUUACAAUUUUAAGCGAGUAUGUGAAUGAA